AUGUCCUCCCCUCGCGCGCCUCUCGGUCCACACACGCGCGCGCACCGACACGACACGGAGGAGCACGGCAACUGGCACGAGCAGGAGCUGACAUCCGGAGGGGAGAGAGAAAUGCCAGAUAUCGUCCCGAAAAUCACCGACAUGGAGUUUGACUCGCUGCAGCCGUGCUUUUACCCGGACGAGGAUGACUUCUACCACUGCGCUCCCGACGCCGCUCCGCCUGGAGAAGACAUCUGGAAGAAAUUUGAGCUGCUGCCCACCCCUCCCCUCUCCCCCAGUCGCGCUGCGCUCUCGGGAGACGCGUCAGGGGCAGUGGUGGACCCUCUAGACCCUCUGGACUGGGCUUCGGAGCUGCUACUUCUCCCUGGGGACGAUAUCUGGGGCGCGUCGGACGAUUUGUUCGGUUUGGAAAGUGCGAAGAACACGAACGGGAUCGUGAUCCAGGACUGCAUGUGGAGCGGGUUCUCAGCCCGGGAGAAGCUGGAGAGGGUCGUGACGGAGAAACUAGGAAAAGCUUUACACAGUGGAGCGACUACUACAACUACGACUACUACUACUACUGCUGCUGCUGCUGCUGCUGCUCCUACGCCUUUGGCGCGGCAGGGGGCCAGGGGCAUCAAAGGGAGCGACGCUGCUCCCGCUGACCUGUCUGCGGUGGUCUCUGUGCGCGGCUCCGUGGUGUCAGAGUGCGUGGAUCCCGCGGUGGUCUUUCCUUUCCCCUUAAACAAGAAGCCUGAGGAAGCUCGAGAGGAGGAUGAGGAGUCUGCGUUCGCUCAGAGUGAUUCCGAGAACAGGGGGGGGGGGGCAGGCUUUAUUGGACCAGGGUACAGGAGGGGGGGGGGGGCAGGCUUCAUUGGACCAGGGUACAGGAGGGGGGGGGGGGCAGGCUUCAGGGUACGGGGGGGGGGGGGGGGGGGGGCAGGCUUCAGGGGACCAGGGUACAGGAGGGGGGGGGGGCAGGCUUCAGGGUACGGGGGGGGGGGGGGGGGGGGCAGGCUUCAGGGGACCAGGGUACGGGGGGGGGGGGGGGCAGGCUUCAGGGGACCAGGGUACGGGGGGGGUAGGCUUCAGGGGACCAGGGUACAGGAGGGGGGGGGGGGGGCAGGCUUCAGGGGACCAGGGUACGGGGGGGGUAGGCUUCAGGGGACCAGGGUACGGGGGGGGGGGGGGGGGCAGGCUUCAGGGGACCAGGGUACGGGGGGGGUAGGCUUCAGGGGACCAGGGUACAGGAGGGGGGGGGGGGGCAGGCUUCAGGGGACCAGGGUACAGGAGGGGGGGGGGGGGCAGGCUUCAGGGGACCAGGGUACAGGAGGGGGGGGGGGGGCAGGCUUCAGGGGACCAGGGUACAGGAGGGGGGGGGGGGCAGGCUUCAGGGGACCAGGGUACAGGAGGGGGGGGGGGGGCAGGCUUCAAGGGACCAGGGUACAGGGGGGGGGGGGGGCAGGCUUCAGGGGACCAGGGUACAGGAGGGGGGGGGGGGGGGCAGGCUUCAGGGGACCAGGGUACAGGAGGGGGGGGGGGGCAGGCUUCAGGGGACCAGGGUACAGGAGGGGGGGGGGGGCAGGCUUCAGAGUGUCCACUGAAUAUAAUGAAGACGAUGAUGACGAAGACGGCGAGGAGGACGACGAAGACGAGGAGGAGAUCGAUGUGGUCACGGUGGAGAAACGGCGCUUCUCCACAACGGCCUCCAAACUCUCCGCCGGCGGCCGCUUCCCUCAGCGCGGGCCACAGGAGCUGAUCCUGAAGCGCAGCUGUGUUCACCAACAGCAGCACAACUACGCCGCGCCGUCGCCGUACGCCUCCGACGACGACCGCCCCCCCGCCAAGAAGCACCGCCCCCAGGAGCCCGCGCGCCCGCCCAGCCGCACCAGCCACGCCCCCUCCCCCACCUUCCCCUCCUCCAACCGGAACAAGCGGCAGCCGAGCGGAGACACCAGCCCGCGCUCGCCUCACGCCAACUCCGACUCCGAGGACAGCGAGCGCCGCCGCAACCACAACAUCCUGGAACGACAGCGCCGCAACGACCUGCGCUCCAGCUUCCUCACGCUGCGCGACCACGUGCCCGAGCUGGCGCGCAACGAGAAGGCGGCCAAGGUGCACAUCCUCAAGAAGGCGGCGGAGUACGUGAGCGCGCUGGAGCGGGAGGAGGCGGGGCUAGUGCGCGAGAAAGAGCGGCAGCAGUCGCGCAAGCAGCAGCUGAUGCGCCGGCUAGAGCAGAGUCGGACACGCCCAGCUCAGAAAUAG